AUGAGUCGGUCACAGAUACAGGGAGGGGGACAGAGGGAUGCGAAGGGAAUAGAUGGGCUGGUUUUGUCGCGACGACCACCCAGACCCGACCUAGAGGAAUCGCCCCGCCCCCAGGGCGACAAGAGGAGGUUUCUGAUCAACCAGCUUGUUUCACGAAUCACUCCUCCCAGAAUGAAGAUGAGGUUACUAGCAUUUGCCAUCAUCAGUAUUGCCAUUGCUAAGUCCGGGGCCUUCAUGUUUUCAGAAGAAGUGGUAAAGAUGAGGUGCUUCAUUAUAAUCACUUUGUGCUUUAUAAAUACCUUUAUCUCCGGAUACGUAGUGGAUUGGUAUCCUUCUGAUGAACCUGAAUGGAACGAUCUCAGAGUGAAAUGGGAUGUGAACAUAUUCAAUCCUUACACGUUCGCUAAAAUGCCGAGAACAACAUCUGAUGCCGUGUCUGCAGGGUUUAAAAUGGUCUCGGAUUGUGGAGCCAUUCCUGGAAUCUACGGGAAACGUUAUGUUCAGGGAGGGGACUACUCUCUUAUCUUGUUGUACGGUAUCCAUGGUUACAUAGCUGGGAUCCAGAUAGGGGUAACAAAGAAUGCCACUGUCGAGUUUCCCCCAAACAAACAGAUCAACCAUCCCUUUGUCAGUGUUGACAAUAUGUACUACCUAACAGCCUACUUCACCAAUCCAGCCACAAUCUGUACCACUGGAAGGACUGCUGAAAAAUUUGCCUCUGAUGGAACUGGUGACUCUCUCUUCAUUCAGAACGGAACAGAUGCUGCGAAAAAUUCCUUUGUGGUACCAAAGGAGGAGACGUACUUGGAUUCAACUAAAUGGACCAAGGGACACUGUUUCGUCAGCAUGGGUGAACACUACUGGUACAAUGUCACGUCUGACAUGAACUGUGACGAUUUCUUCCCCGUGUUUCUCCUGUACAACAAAGGAAGACUGAACGCCUUUGGCUGGGCGCUCGGCACGCCCAUGACCUCUAACCGUACGGAGCAUCCCCCAAGCAGCGUCAUAAAAGAGUUUAUAAACCCAGUACCUCAGUGUCUGCUUAAUAAAGCCCAGCUGUCAACCAUGCACAUCUACCUAACCAGCACGCCAUUGGAGAACCUCUGUUGAUUGGCAUGCAUGACCCAUACUUCAUGACUUUUGAAGUCAGAAGGAUUCUAGUUUCACUUUCAGUAAUGCCAGUUGUGUCAACCGAUCUUUUUGCCGUCAUUCCAAUGUGAAGAUGGUAACCAAAUCAUAGUUGCCAUGGAAAUUAUAAUAAAC